CAGUAUAAAUACUUAAUGGUGAACGGUAAAUCGUCAGACCAGCGUCACUCCCCACAGCGACCACUCACCUAUCUUCCCUCCGACCUACUGUACACAAGGAUGUGGCGUUUGACGGCGACGCUGCUGGUGGCUGCCCUGGCCUCAGCCUCUCCUCAGGCAGGAUACUUGCCUCCUCGACCAGAUCCCGUCUGUCCAGCUGUCACCUCUGUCGUGUACGACACCCGCGUCCAGACCUCCGUCAACGUCCAGACCGUCAACCAGGUCAACACACAGUACAUCACCACAACACAAGUCAGACAACAGGUGGUGCCAACUACAGUCUACCAGACUCGUGUCCAAACACAGGUCCAGUACCAGACCAGCGUGGUCCAGCGUACAACCAACGUGGUCAAUGACAGAGUCGUGACAAACACUGUGCCAAGUCCACCUCGUGAGGAGACUCGUUAUGUUACCUCAACUCGCGUCGUGCCACAGGUCAGCUACGUCACCCGCACACAGGUACAAACACAGGUAGUACCUGUGGAGGUGACUCGCACACAGGUGCAGACGGUCAGGCAGCCCGUCACUAACUACCAGACCCAGGUACAGCAACAGACCCGCGUCGUGUCCGUCCCAGGCCGUGACGUAGUACAGACCCGCGUCCAGACCAUCGUUCAGACCUCCGUCGUCAGUCGUCGGCAGCCAGGUAACACUCGCUACGUUACCUCGACGAACGUACAACAGGUGGUGCAGACGAGUGUCGUCCGCGGACAGGAUGUUGUGAGAACUAGUGUGGUACAGCGCCAGCAGGUCAUUCCCUACACGUCCGUCAACACGCGUUACCAAACUACUUACGUUACUCGCGAACAGGUGGUGACCAGGACCAACGUCGUCACCCAGACACAGGUCCAGACCCAGGUGGUCCCUCAGGAGGUGGUGCGAACACAGGUGGUGCCCACCACCAUCUACACCACCCGUUACGAGACCAGGGUUCAGCCCUUCACUCAGGUACAGACGGUGGUCCAGACCCGGUAUGUCACCCCCGCCCCUGUAGUCAAAACCCAGCAACAAGUGCAGACCUCAGUGGUCCAAGUGCCCGGUCAGAACCGAGUCAUCACAAAACAGGUGGUUCAGACUCAACCUCGACAGGAAGUGGUCUACCAGACCGUCAACCAACCCCAGCAGGUGACCGUGACACAGACCAUCACCGCCACUUGUGGCAAGACCGGAUACAACUACCAGCGGCCAGCUACACCGUUCAACUUCCCUGGCAAAUAGUCAAAUACCCAAACAUGAAAACCUGAUGAUAGUAAUCGUUAACUUUACAAAUAAGAGACAAAACAGUUUAAAGCAUAUUCACUUAUAUUAUUACACAGUCUAUAUAAUAUUAAGGAAACAAAAUGGACCGCAAAACCUCUCUCCAUCAAUCUCUUUACUUUUGUAUUUAUGUAAGUGAAAAAAAUAAACUAACUACAUA